AUGGCUUGUGGGGACAGGAUGCAGACCACUAUGGCUUGUGGGCACAGGAUGCAGAAUACUAUGGCUUGUGGGCACAGGAUGCAGAAUACUAUGGCUUGUGGGGACAGGAUGCAGACCACUAUGGCUUGUGGGCACAGGAUGCAGAAUACUAUGGCUUGUGGGGACAGGAUGCAGAACACUAUGGCUUGUGGGCACAGGAUGCAGAAUACUAUGGCUUGUGGGGACAGGAUGCAGAACACUAUGGCUUGUGGGGACAGGAUGCAGAACACUAUGGCUUGUGGGCACAGGAUGCAGAACACUAUGGCUUGUUGGGAAAGGAUGCAGACCACUCUAGGUAAUAGGGACAGGAUGCAGAAUACUAUGGCUUGUUGGGAAAGGAUGCAGACCACUAUGGCUAAUGGGGACAGGAUGCAGAACACUAUGGCUUGUUGGGACAGGAUGCAGAAUACUAUGGCUUGUGGGGACAGGAUGCAGACCACUAUGGCUAAUGGGGACAGGAUGCAGACCACUACGGCUUGUUCGGACAGGAUGCAGAAUACUAUGGCUAAUGGGGACAGGUUGCAGAACACAAUGGCUAAUGGGGACAGGAUGCAGACCACUAUGGCUAAUGGGGACAGGAUGCAGAACACUAUGGCUUGUGGGGACAGGUUGCAGAAUACUAUGGCUAAUGGGGACUGGAUGCAGACCACUACGGCUAAUGGGGACUGGAUGCAGACCACUAUGGCUUAUGGGAACAGCUUGCAGAAUACUAUGGCUUGCAGGGACAGGUUGCAGAAUACUAUGGCUUGUGGGGACAGGAUGAAGACGACUAUGGCUUGUGGGGACAGGAUGCAGACCACUACGGCUAAUGGGCACAGGAUGCAGAAUACUAUGGCUAAUGGGGACAGGAUGCAGAACACAAUGGCUUAA